AUGGGAGACCUGUCUGGGUUUGGCAACGCGAUCAGUCAAACACAGAGCCUAGAAUUUGCGAUGAUGCCACUCAAGGUCCACUUCACGCAGCCCACAGAAAGCCAGAAAGACGAGGUAGAUGAAUCAAGUGAUAUGUCAUAUUGCAAGCACGCGGGGGAAGUAUAA